UGAAGCAAGAAUUAUGUAAACAAAUGGCUCAUAAAACAUCGAAUCCGUCAUGCAGCAUCAAAAAAGAGAAUUUCCCUAUUAAUAAAAUCCCAUUUCAACAGUUUCUUUCGAAAUCCACUCUCUUCAGAUUUUUCAAGUUUGGCAGUAACUGUAAUGGACAUGCAGACCAUCCGUUUUCCGGUGCAACAUGCGAUCUAAAGAGGAAAGUCAUGAAAGUAGACCAAAAUGAAAGUCAGUGGUAUGGAAUUUUGAUGUCUCAGCUAUUUGAAUCAGGAUACAGCUUCUUGCAGUCUAAAUUUGAUAAGAAAAAAUCAACUUGUUCUGAUGAAUAUAUGACAGCAUUGAAAACGCUGAUCAAAUUCUUUGAAGAAAAAGAAAUCCAUGAGAAAAACAUACAGAAUGCUUUGGAAAAGAUGAAAAGUACAGAAAAUAAAGAAAGUGUAUUGGUGAUGGCAUUAGCAGAACACUUGUUGGGAAAGCUUUCUCCAGGACAACAAUAUGUGGUGGAUUCAAGGAUAAAAGAAAAAGGCAAUAAUUGUACAGAAAGAAUAAAUAACAAAUGCCAUUGUGGCUGUGAUACAGAAAUCUCUUUUGGUGCCACUGGAAUAGGAAAUGUAGAUGUAUGGCAUGGAUUUGUAGACAUUAUGAUGACAUCUGCCAAUCACGAGCCAGAAUCAACUGCCAGUGUAUAUUUGGCUUUAAAUGAUGAUGGACCCUCCCGUAAUAAAAAAAUGAAAACCUCAGAUAAAAAUGAAGAGGAUAAUGACAACAGCUUAAGUGAUUGCAUUAAAGAAUCUUGUUUAAAUAAGGUUCAGGAUAAAGCCACUGCAGAAACAGUUGUGUUUUCCUUAGCAUACCAGAUAACAAAUCCAGGUUCUGCAAGAUUCAUACCACACAUUAUUAUAUGUCCAAAUGAGUUUUAUAUUGUAAUGUAUGAACCUGUUCAUGAUGUUUUAGUGUGGUCCUCUGAGUUUCCACUAAUAUCUCAGCCGGAUUUUAAAUUACAAGGUGUGUCAAUUAUUGCACUUUGGAUGGUUUUGCAUUACAAAUUAUUUUGUAAUAGAGUUGAGGAACUAUUUAAUGAUGUGAGUGAAAUAAAAGCUGACUUUUUAAAUCAGUUAGAUGUUGAAAAUUUGGAUAUAUACAAAAACAAGUUGAAUAUUGGAGUUCAAUCAUUUGGCUCAGCACCACAUAUAAACCUUGUCCAUUCUCUUCGUGAAGUUGACUUUGUUUUUCCAAAGUUGAAAUUAAGAAAAUAAGAAUUG